UUAUGUGCAUGUAAGCAAAUCGAUUAUUUCCAAUUUCGUUUGCUGACAAAAUUAAAUGCAUUCCGGAAAUGAUAUCGAUUUGGACAACACUACUGAUUGAGGGCGUUUAAGUUUCACCGAUUCGGGAACAAACACCACCCACGUAUACCAUGAGUGGUCUGUGUAAUGGGAACUUCUGUAUGUAAGUUCAUAAUGAAUAAUGGCCAAAAGUAUAAAGCAUUGGGAUAUACAGAACAGGAAUAUUCAAGGAUUUCAUUUGGUUUCAUGUGAAAGAUAUAAUAGAUUUGACAAUGAACUUUUAAGUGUCAAAGAACUUACAGAUGUGAUGUGCUGUGUUGUUGAAGGUGGCGUCAGCGUUAUUUUGAUAUUUGAAGGCGUGGCCAUCUGACGGUGUGUAGUGACCAUGAAGGUUAAACGAAAACGGUGUAGUCUGAUACUGAAACUAGUAAAAGUAUUCCUGGUGAUAUGCAUUCUCCUAGUGGUUGUGAUAAACACGUGGCUAGCCAUCGCCCUCUACUCAGAAGACAAGUGGUAUAUUUCCUUCUUCAACUCCUCGCACUGGCGUAAUAAUUCGCCCCGUCUUAAGUUAGAAUCAAACCUUCGGGUAAAACCUACACCUCGUGAAUCAACUGAAUCACUCAAAUGUAUGCAUUAUAAAUCCAGUUCAUCAAAUAAUUCGCGGGAUUUACUCAAUUUUCAUUACAUGACGGUCGGUAUGAACGGUCGCCUUGGUAAUCAAAUGUUUAAGUAUGCAUCGUUACUUGGAAUUGCUGCUCAACAGGGAUAUACACCGUUCGUACGUCAGAAAUCCCUCUUAUAUUCUGCCUUCGAAUCACUGAAGUAUUUUAAGCACAUUUCCAUGACAAAUGAUGUUUCAUUCAGUGAACGGCAUGCUGGGAUAUACGAUUGCCGAAUUCACAACUUAACAGAUUCGAAAAAUAUAACUCUUCAUGGAUAUUUUCAGUCCUGGAAAUAUUUUCAACAUAUCAGUGCGCAGGUGCGGAAGUUGUUUCGAUUCACGGGCGACAUUACUAGAAGAGCCAAAAGGGUGAUUGAUAAAUUCAAACCUGGUAAUAAAACACUUGUUGGCGUGCACGUGCGUCGCGGUGAUAUGAGCUCGAGAAGAGAGCUGAAGCGUGGAUACAAUGUAGCCGAACCACAGUACUUCCGGAAGGUGUUUGAGUAUUUCCGGUAUGAAUUCGAAAAUGUUAUGUUCAUUGUCGUGAGUGAUUCAGUUGGUUGGGUGAAAAAGAACCUGGAUGGCGAUGACGUAGUCAUCAGUGAAACAGGAAUUGCGUAUUUGGAUAUGGCCAUACUUGCGCAGUGCAAGCAUAGCAUCAUCACUUCCGGAACGUUCGGAUGGUGGGGUGCAUACCUAGCCGGCGGAACAACUGUGUAUUUCAAAGAUUACCCCAAGCCAAAAACUUGGUUAUCUGAGCAGUACAACAAGUUGGAUUAUUACCCGCCAAGCUGGAUACCAAUGUGACAUUCUCACAAUUAUUGAGAUUCAAUGUUCAUCUAUUUUAACUUGAAGUGUUCGUAAUUUUGCUGUAUAACGCUUAAAAAUAAUAUUAAAUAUUCAAUACUAUGACAUUCUUAGUAAACUAUGCAAACUUUUA